UCCUCCUCCUCUUCCUCCUCCUGCUCCUAAUCCUUCUCUCUCCAGCAUCUUCCUCUUCUUCCUCCACGUUCUUCCUCUCACACCACUCACAAACCCAUCAAUUUUUCUUUUCGCAAAACAAUUUGGUAUUUUAAUUAUUAGUAUUUUCGUUUAUUCAAUCCGAUUUUGACAAUUGAAUCUUUGACUUUUUAAGCUAUUUCAACUUUUAUAUAAUUAAAUUUAAGGUUUUGUUUGAAUUCGAAAACUUUUGCGCUUUUGAAUUCCUUCUGUAAUGUAACGCUGGAGCAAUGCCGGAAUCGAAUCGCCAACCUCCGAUGUACAAUUCGGGAGCGAUGAACAACAACAUAGAGGGUCAUAUUGAGGACGAAGACGACGACGUUGCGGGCGCAGAGGAGUCCAUAGACAACCCCCAGAUGCGCUUUGAGGACGGCGCCGUAUCGGUGACCUUAAACGGUGCCGUUCAGGAGAGUGCUCCUAUUUCUAUGUUCGUUCCCGGGUCUGAGUAUCCUCCGGUGGCCGGGAACGGUGGUUCUGACCAGCUCACGCUCUCAUUCCAGGGCGAGGUCUACGUUUUCGACGCUGUUUCGCCGGAUAAGGUGCAGGCAGUGUUAUUACUUUUGGGUGGAUAUGAAAUCCCUUCUGGCAUUCCUGCUGUGGGGACGGCCCCUCUUAAUCAAAGGGGCGUGAAUGACUUUCCUGGAAGGUCAAUUCAACCACAGAGAGCUGCUUCUCUAAGUAGAUUCAGGGAGAAGAGAAAAGAGCGAUGUUUUGAUAAGAAAAUCCGUUACAGUGUGCGGAAAGAAGUUGCACUCAGGAUGCAACGUAAAAAGGGUCAGUUUACAUCAGCCAAGGCUAUAUCUGAUGAAGUGGGCUCAGAUUCUUCAGUUCAUCAUGCAACACAGGGUUCUGGACAAGAUGAUGGCUUGCAGGAAACCUCAUGUACACACUGUGGAAUCAGUUCAAGGUCAACUCCAAUGAUGCGUCGAGGGCCAACUGGUCCAAGAACUUUGUGUAAUGCAUGUGGGCUCAAGUGGGCCAACAAGGGAAUUCUACGAGAUCUUUCUAAGGUUCCAACUGCGGGUCCCCAGGAUCCUUCUGUGAAGCCAACUGAACAGAGUGACGGUGAAGCGAAUGACUUAGAUGCUGUAACCCAGGCUGUAGAAAUUGUCUCCUCUUCGAAUGGCGAUAACUCAGCUGUAACUGUGGAAAGGUGAGUAACAAGACGCUUAUGUUGCGGCAAGUGACACGCCUUUUUUUUCUCAAGUAAUUGAUCUAAAUUCACCUGUAAUAACUUUCAACUUGCUGUAACAGAAUGUACAUACAAUUUAGUGCUCUCAACUCUUCUUAAACACUUAUUAUUUCUGUAAUUUGAGUGUAGUAGUGUAUGGACCAUAAUGGAAUUUCUGUCUAAAUUUUGUAUGUGUAUUAAUAUC